CCGACGUUCAUUUCAUAUUCCAGCACUGUAUUUUGCUCUAAAUGGGACGCACAGUCACGUCUCCGCCCUGAUAUGUCCCCGCGCGCCCAGCCUCUUCCCAGUGAACUGAAUCGGUAAAAUGUUUUUUCUUUUUUUUUUACUGGAGCAGCGGAGGAGACUCCAACGGUGAAAGGAAGGCAAGAAGUGAAUGACUACUAGUGGAAUAAGUCGGCAACACCGCCCAGCUGGCGGACAUUUACCACGGUGGGCACGUAUUAAGGCUUUUAAAUGUAGAGGCUGUAGGUGUAACGAAGUGCGCACCGUUAUUUAUUUAGAGUGGGGGACUUUUCAUUGGCAGAGAUGGAAAGUGUGCAGCCUGCCGCUGAUGAUGGCGCGUCUGAUGGAGGCGCGAGCAAGUUAAUGAAGAAGCCCAACGGACUGUCUGUCGCCCGGGGGACUCCAGCGGAUGAUGGCGGUGGACACUCGGCACCCUCCCGCGUAGAGGCAAAGAACGGGAAUAGCCUUUCUCAUUCCGCCUCUACAACGGGAUCAAGUGCGUCAAACCGAACUGUGGCGUCUAAUGGCCGGGGCUCGUCCAGUAACUCCAGCUCCCUCCUGUUGAGACGGAGGCGCUUAAAGAGGAACCUCUCCGCCGCAGCUGCAGCCACCGCCACCUCCGCUGUCACCGCCGCCUGCGGCGGCAAGAUGAACUCGGCCCUGUCCUCUGCGUCUUUGCAUACUCGGAGUCUGGAUCGGAAGACUUUGCUCAAGCACCGACAGAACAUGCAGCUGCAGCCCGCAGACCGCGAGUGGGUGAGAGCAGACCUCCACCGGGGCUCAGUGCAUGUCCACGAUAGACUGACGCCCUCAUAUCCAAGACCGGUUCUUUGCACUAUGGACACCACAGCCGGCGAGGUGGCGCUCCAUCUGAGCAAACUCUGCAGUAAGUCGAGCUCCGUUAUGCGCAUUUUUUGUAAAGAUAACCCUAAGACUGACCAAAAUGGCAACUGCAGUGUGAAGUAUGAAUACAACGAAAACCACUGCAAAGUGAACGAAGAGUCGAGUAUAAAAUGCAACCACCUGAAUUCCCUAGAGUCCACAGAAUUAAGGGGCCAUCCGAGUGACAGGUUGAGGCUGCUGCUCAUGGAGAAUGCAGAUGACAGGCUAAAGCAACAGGACGUUGAUGGAAAACUUUUCAGCCCUGAAUCAGAGUCACAAGACAACAUAACGUGCUCACUGUCAGAUUUGAACUCUAACUCUAACAUGGAUACCCCCAAUGAUGAUGAUUCAGAGCACAGAAACGGUAUGGACAGCUAUGGAUUAAAUUCUGGCUCUGAUGUGGAGAGCAGUGCAUUUGAUGAUCUGAGCUCUGGGGCCCGGCUCAGCGAGCACAGGGACUCCCUCAGCGAUGACAUGGUCCUGGGCACUGAGGCCUCCAUCCUCAGUCCCUCCUUUGAUAGUGCCACAGACGGCCACGAUAUGUAUGGCAGCUCCUCGGACGAACUGGAGCUCGACUGCCCUACGUCAAGUGCAAGCAUGGACCCCAUCUCACAACACCACAGCAAUGGGAUCAGUUCUGUCACUGCCAACUACCAACACUGCAACAUAGAGCAUAUAAAUAAUAUGACGAACAACAUGGGACCAGAUAGCAGACUCAACCCUCACAAUCUGGGCAGCCUGCCACCCAGCAGUAGUGCCGGCUCAUUGUCAAGAGCCUGUUCUACAGGUAAUACACCUGACAUCCAAGACCCGGACUGUGGCCAGAAUGCUGUAAAAUCAGGGCUGACAGUGGAUCACAAUGGAGAUUCAUGUGAUUCCAGCCCCACACUGUAUGUUCAGCUGCAUGGUGAAGCUGUCAGGAGGCUUAGCCCAGAUGAGAGGCCUCUGCAGAUCCAGAAUGACUUUCUAUUUAAGCUUGGAUUUAAGGACCCGUGGAGAGUUCAAGAGGAAGGGCUCAACACAGAAAUUGGUUCCUUGCUACGUUUUUAUGCAGGGAAGCCCCAAAGCAUUGAGAGCUCGGAGCGGGUCCAGCUGUCAGGGACAUACAACGUUCGGAAAGGGAAGCUCCAGCUACCAGUGAACCGCUGGACCAGACGGCAGGUCAUCCUGUGCGGCACCUGCCUCAUCGUCUCCUCUGUCAAGGAGAGCCAGACGGGGAAGAUGCACAUCCUGCCACUCAUUGGAGGAAAAGUGGAGGAGGUGAAGAAGCACAAUCACUGCUUGGCCUUCAGCUCGGCAGGGCCUCAGAGUCAAACCUACUACGUCAGCUUUGACAGCUUCACGGAGCACCUGCGCUGGCACAGACACGCUGCAAAGAUGGUGUCCCAGAGAAUCAACUCUGUAGAUCUGUCCUGCUGCAGUCUGGAGCAACUUCCUCCAAACCUCUUCUACAGCCAGGACCUCACCCACCUCAACCUCAAACACAACUUCCUGCCUGCAGACCAGCGGCUGCAGCAGCUGCAGAGAUUUUCUCGUCUGCGGAGCCUCAACCUGUCCAACAACCACCUCGGUCAGUUCCCCAUGGCGAUCUGUGACAUCCCGACACUGACGGAGGUCAACCUCAGCUGUAACUACCUGGCCUCUGUUCCCAGCUCUGUGAGAGCCAUGACCAAUUUGCAGACGUUCUUGUUGGACGGCAACAGCCUAGACGAGCUGCCCAAUGAGCUGGGUUCCCUUCAGAGGCUGAGUUACUUGGGCCUUUCCUUCAACCAGUUCAGCCAUGUGCCCCAGGUGCUGGAGCAGCUGACCUCCAUGGAGAAGCUGUGUAUGGCUGGAAACAACCUGGAAACACUCACCCUGCAGAAUUUCAGACUGCUCCGGGUCAAACACAUAGAUCUAAGGUUGAAUAAGAUCUCCAGCAUGGUGCCAGAUGAGCCUGACCUGCUGCGGCACGUGACACAGCUGGAUGUGAGGGAUAACAGGCUGACAGAGCUGGACGCCUCAGUAUUCCCCAGGCUGGAGGUCCUGCACUGCGAGAGGAACCGCAUCACCAGCCUCAAGGCCAAGGGUUGCCUGCUCAAAGGCAUCUACGCCUCAAACAACGAGAUACGACAACUUGAUGUCACUCCCGUGCCCUCUAAUCUCAGCUACAUGGACAUCUCGAGGAACCAUAUGGAGUCCCUGCCAGACUGGUUGUGUGAAGCGAAGAAACUAGAAGUCCUGGAUGUGAGCCACAACCUCAUCACUGAGCUCCCUGCGCGGUUGUUAUGCAGCAACAGUCUAAGGAAGCUGAGUGCAGGACAUAACCAGCUGCAGAAGCUGCCUGAAAGAGUGGAGCGCCCUCUGCUGGAGGUUUUGGAUGUACAGCACAAUCAACUGGUGGAGCUUCCCUGCAACCUGUUUCUCAAGUCUGACAGUUUACGAUGCGUAAAUGCAUCAGCUAAUAAACUGGAGCACCUGCCGCCAUCCAGCCUAUCAGAGGAGAGCCAUAGCAUCCUGCAGGAGCUCUACCUGACCAAUAACCGACUGACAGAUAAGUGUGUCCCCAUGCUGACAGGCCACUCACACCUUCGUGUUCUGCACAUGGCCUACAACCAUCUACAGACGUUUCCAGCCAGUAAAAUGGCCAAGCUGGAGGAGCUUGAGGAGGUGGACCUGAGCGGAAACAUGCUGAAGACGGUGCCCACCACCAUCAUGAAUUGCCGGCGAAUGCACACACUUAUCGCCCACUCCAACUCUAUCGAGGUCUUUCCUGAGGUCAUGCAGCUGAUGGAGAUGAAAUGUGUAGAUUUGAGCUGCAAUGAGCUGAGUGAGAUCACUCUACCAGAGAAUCUGCCUCCUAAGCUUCAGGAGCUGGAUCUGACCGGAAACCCUCGUCUCAACCUGGACCAUAAGACCCUCGAACAACUAAAUAAUAUCCGCUGUUUCCGCAUUGAUCCGCCUCCAACCUUCUCCAAUGAGGCAUCUGGUGGGCCUGCUGUGUGGAGUCAUGGUUACACAGAGGCCUCGGGCGUCAAAAACAAACUGUGUGUCGCUGCACUCUCAGUAAAUAGUUUCUGCGGUAAUCGGGAGGCUCUGUACGGUGUGUUUGACGGGGAUAGGAACGUGGAGGUGCCCUACCUGCUGCAGUGCACGAUGAACGACGUGUUGGCUGAAGAGAUUCACAAGACGAAGAGCGAAGAGGACUACAUGACCAACACCUUCCUUGUCAUGCAGAGGAAACUGGGAACUGCAGGGCAGAAAUUGGGUGGUUCAGCUGCUCUGUGUCACAUUCGCCAUGACCCCACAGACCCAGGCGGCUGCUUCAUCCUGACAGCUGCUAAUGUGGGCAAGUGCCAGGCCAUCCUCUGCCGUGAUGGGAAACCUUUGUCUCUGUCCUUGCUUCAAAAUGUGGGGCUGGAGGAGGAAUACCGCAGGAUAAGGCAGCACAGGGCUAUCAUCACUGAGGAGAACAAGGUGAAUGGAGUGACCGAUUCAACACGAAUCAUGGGCUACUCCUUCCUCUACCCAUCAGUCAUCCCUUGUCCUCAUGUGCAGACCGUCACUCUCACCCCCCAGGAUGAGUUCUUUAUUCUGGGUAGCAGGGGUCUUUGGGAUGCUGUGUCUCCCACGGAGGCAGUGGAGGCUGUCAGAAAUGUCCCUGAUGGCCUGGCUGCUGCGAAGAAGCUGUGUACGCUGGCGCAGGGCUACGGCUGCACUGAUAGCCUCAGUGCUGUUGUGGUCCAGCUCAGUGUGAGUGAAGACUGCUGCUCCUGCUGCUGUUCUGAGCCUCCUCAGCCACCCCCCAGCCCCGGCUUGGGCCCUUACCCCCCAUCGUCCUCCGCUAUUAAGGAGCGCCCCUCAGAUGGCUCCCUGCCUGUGCCGCCGUCCUCCUGCAGUGAAAUCAGCAGUGAGAUCAGCACCAGUGAGAUGAGCAGCGAGGUGGGCUCCACAGCCUCAUCUGAUGAGCCACCACAGAGCUCCUUGGUGCUGCUGCAUGAGCAGCCCCACCAUCCUCAUCUCCACCUGCACCACCAGGCCCACUCAAUGUCCCUACAGCACCAGCAGGCACACACAAACACCCAACCCUGCCAGUACCUGUACCCAGGUGCAGAGCUGCCUUCUGCCCGCAGCUGCUGUGCCCUCCAUCCUGCCUGCUUGGCUGGCUCUUUUCAGAGGCAGCUCUCGAGCGCCACCUUCUCCAGCGCCCUUUCUGACAAUGGGCUUGACAGCGAGGAUGAGGAGCCCAUUGCUGGUGUUUUUUCUAAUGGCAGCCGUGUUGAAGUCGAGGCAGAUGUCCACUGCCUCAAAGCGGAUUCCUCUUCCUCUUCUUCAUCGCCUCAGACGUCUUUACCUUCGUCCUCCAGCCAGGAGCGCAACCUGCUCACUCUCCCCCCGCCUCCUCCUCCACCGCCAUGCACCCCUGAGCCCCUGGAGGACGGCGUGGACAUGAGCCUGGGCGAAACUGAGAACGGGAUAGAGAGAGAUGAGUCGUGGCCAGGAUCUGGCCCGGGAGCCGGGGAAGGAGGAAAGUUAACUGGCAAGAGGAGGAUGAAUGGAUCUGUUGCACAGCAGGAGAAGAGUCACAACCUUAUCGAGGUGGCAGCUGAUGCUCCCUCUAAGAAGUCUGGGGGUUACUUCACAGCUCCAGCGCAGCCUGACCCAGAUGACCAGUUCAUCAUCCCGCCUGAACUGGAGGAGGAGGUGAAGGAAAUCAUGAAGCAACAUCAGCAGAAACAGCAGAAGCCACCUGGGAGCGAUCAGCCCACGGACUACUACGACACCCCUCUCUGAACAACAUCAACACAAACUACAGCCUCAUCUCCUCCUGGCUGCAGCGUGCACAGGAGCCUAAACGACUCUACACACAGACGAAUGAGUUUCCUCAGGAGGCUGUGAGACGCACAUGAAGAUCAUACUUUUUUCUUACGAGCCUUCCUUCCUUUUCACAGCCUCAUCUUUGAAAAACCAUGCACUGUAACUAGCUCCACACAUUUUUACUCAGAAACCCAUAGAACGAAACAAGCAAAUGAGCCCUUUAAUGAAACUGAACCCUCUUGAAUAGCCUGUGGACUCUGCUCCGCCGUGGCUGUGCCCUUCUCACAGACUGUGGACCAUUUGUACGUAAGCAACACUAGUCUCUUUUCAAUAGCAUUAGCCCGCCACAACACUUGUUAAUAUGGAUAACAUUUCCAUGGUUUGUUUGUUUGUUUUGUAAAAACUUACCAUAUCUUUUAAUGUGAAAGCAGUGAAGUUGCUGAAAGAACUUUUUAAAAACAGAGACACAUAAUCUUUUUAUUAUCAGUGAACUAUGUCGAAUGGUACACCAGUAAUACCACACUUAACUGUUGUAGAUAGGGCACUUAAAAUACUGUAUUUCUUCAGUAAAUCAUGGCUCUUGGCCUGUAAAAUGGCAUAGAAAUUUUUUGUAGAAAUUUUGAAUACUAACUCCUAGGAGUUGCAUACUCUUUAUGGUGACUCAGUCACUUUUACUAAUCUUCUCUGAGAGAAAUGGUGAUUUUUUUCCCAAUGAUUGUAAAUAAGAGAAAUGUUGUAUACUGAUGCUUUUAAAGGAACUGCAUACCUGUAUGUCGGUGAAGGUUUCAGUGGUGGGGAAGAUGUUUGGUUCACCAAGUUUGCUGUUAUGGAGGUGUCAACCCCCCCCCCUUUACUUUUCAAAGUAGACCCACAAAUACCACACAGAGAAAUACACACACACACA